AUGUCGCUUUCCACCAGUCUCAUCACUGUAGCCACGUCGGAUCCCAUCGUGAAUCAGAGUCGCCUCACCAUUUACAACGAUGUGGGACGUGAGGCCCUUUACGCAGUCGUAACUACCCAGCUCGUCGACAUUCGCCACGAAGAAAUCGCAUCGUGGUCGAACUCCAGUGACUCUGAGCAGAAGUACAAGCAUGAAUACAAGGACUUCAGCAUGUUCAGAGUCACGAAGGGAGAGGAGGUUAGCACCAGAAUCAACCUUGCAACGGGCGUAUUCACAGGGCUUACAAUUCACGGAGAGCAUUCUCAAAUAAGGUUUAGUCGAGAGGAGGCGACAGGGUCGAUAACUGGAACGGUCGAAGUAGCCGUCGCUCCCCACAGGGACCUCUACCUCUACCAGAGAAAGUAUACCUUCCUGGUUAAAGUCACCUACAUUCUCGAUGGAUGGGGCAAAUUGUGCGAUGUGGGGUCGUUGGGAGGAUUUCAUAUUCAGGAGUCGAUUUGUGAUGUAGAGAUUUACACGAGGGAGUGGUUCACACGAUCUACCCCGUUGAUCGAGACGAGGAGUGAGGCUUUCGAAGGACAGGCGAAGACAGGUCUCGCGGGCAUGACUUGCAAGUUUGAGGAUCUUACGGAGAAGGCUAGGGAUACGAUGAGGAGCAUGGGGAUCGAUGGGAGGAUCGGGGCCGGAUGUCAUACGUGA